UCGAGAAGAGGGCUGUUUUUAUUACAUAAGAUGUCGACAAGGGAGGACCUACACCCAUAUUGAGAAGAACAUUAUGCAACGUGCCAAGUAAAAAAGGAAAACGUCCCAUCUUCACCCGACACAGACGAAAACAAUGUCGCGCGCUAACAGGAUCGUCUCCUCUCUCGUCCGGGCCAACAGAGCUGGAAAGCUUCGUUGCCUCCCGGCAACAAGAUGCAGGUCAACAGUGGCGGCGUCCACCAAAGAGAAGGAGAAGGAGCAACAGCAGCAGCCGCAGAUGGUGGACGGAAGAUGCGGCGUGGUGGAGGCUGAACCCGUGGAGCUCAUCAGCCCGAGCAGGAGCGACUCAGGCGGGCUGCCGCGAGGCAACAUCAGCGUGGACUUCAACAACACAGAAGAAGCUUACAAGAGUAAGAACAAUGUGGAGCUGCUCAGGAGUCUGUUGGUUUUCAAGCUAUGCACCGUGGACGUCUUGGUGGAUAGGAACAAGGAGUUAAUGGAGCUGAGCAAGAAGGUGCUGGGUCAGUGGCUAUUUGAGAAGCUGAUGAAGAUGACCUUCUACGGCCAGUUUGUGGCGGGCGAGGACCACAACGCCAUCAAGCCUCUGAUCCAGAAGAACCAGGCGUUCGGCGUGGGCGCCGUGCUGGACUACAGCGUGGAGGAGGACCUGACGCAGGAGGAGGCCGAGAAGAAGGAGAUGGAAUCCUGUGUGUCCCAAGCCGAGAAAGAAAGUCCAAAUGCUGCUCACCGCGAGAAGAAGUACAGGGCCCAUCGGCAGUUCGGCGAUCGACGCGGCGGCGUCAUUAGCGCCCGCACGUAUUUCUACGCCGACGAGGUCAAAUGCGACAACCAGAUGGAAACGUUCAUUAACUGCAUCAAAGCCUCAGGUGGAGCUUCGGCAGAUGGCUUCUCAGCCAUCAAAAUGACAGCCCUGGGACGCCCGCAGUUCCUUCUCCAGUUUUCUGAAGUCUUGGUCAAAUGGAAGCAGUUCUUUAAGUUCUUGGCAGCCCAGCAGGGAAAAUCAGAAAUGACGGCCCUCGAGCAAAAACUGGAGCCGGGACAACUCAAGGAGACUUUGACCAGCCUGGGUGUCGCUGCUAAGGAUGACAUUGAGAGCUGGUUCACUGGAGAGCAACUGGGACUGUCGGGAACCAUAGAUCUGCUCGACUGGAACAGUUUGAUAGACGACACAACCAAAAUUUCCAAUCUUCUCAUGGUGCCAAAUCUUCAGACGGGCCAGCUGGAGCCUCUGCUAUGCGCGUUCACAGCUGAGGAAGAGCGGCAAAUGAAGCGAAUGCUUCAGAGAGUUGACGUCCUGGCCAACCAUGCCUUAAAGCACGGCGUGCGGCUCAUGGUGGAUGCCGAGCAGACGUACUUCCAGCCCGCGAUCAGCCGUCUGACCCUGGAAAUGCAGAGGAAGUUCAACACGGAGAAGCCAAUCAUCUUCAACACGUAUCAGUGCUACCUGAAGGAAGCUUAUGACAACGUGACAGUGGACGUUGAGCUGUCUCGGCGGGAGGGCUGGUACUUUGGUGCCAAGCUGGUGCGCGGGGCCUACAUGUACCAGGAAAGAGCCCGGGCGGCGGAGAUUGGCUACGAGGAUCCCAUCAAUCCCGACUAUGAGGCCACCAACAAGAUGUACCACAAAUGUCUGGAGUACCUGCUCGAGGACAUUGAGCACGAACGCAAAUCAAACAUCAUGGUCGCCACUCACAACGAGGACACGGUGGAAUUCACCUUGGAGAAGAUGAAUGAGAUGGGCCUGUCACCCGCUGAGAAUAAAGUUUACUUUGGACAGCUGCUCGGCAUGUGUGACCAGAUCAGCUUCCCACUCGGUCAGGCGGGUUUCCCAGUGUACAAAUACGUCCCGUACGGGCCAGUGGAUGAGGUCAUCCCAUACCUGUCCCGUCGCGCUCAGGAGAACCGCGGCUUCAUGAAGGGCUCCAAGCGGGAGCGCAGCCUUCUAUGGAAGGAGCUCAAGCGGCGCAUACUCGGGCGGCAAAUAUUCUACAAGCCCGUCUACUAAGUUGCGGGGAUCACCAGUCGCUGCCGGCAUUCCGCCAUCUUGAGCAUGGACCUCCCUUUCCUCCCCAUCUUGGGCUGGUGGCGGGACUACAUUACAGCAAGGGUACCUGUAUUGUUUAUAAACUCGUGGGUAAGAAAAUAGAGACAAAAGUUAGGUCCUCAUUGGCCCUUUGUUUGUCGUAAAAGCAAUUAUCAGCGGCUUAAGUCCGUAUGACAAGGAUGUGGAAGCUCACUUUUUGGAAACUUCACCAACUCUCACUCCAACAUGCCUUAAAAGUGUACGCACAACAUUUGCAACGCAGGGAAUUGUACGUGUAAUCAGUGCGGAGUGUAAUUAUUGUGCCGAUUUAUAUUGGGCACAAACAUACGGUUGUUUGUUUUUUGAAUUUGUGAUGCACAGUGAUGUCCGUGAGAUAAAGAGAUGAAAUGAGAUGAAAUGUUCACUCGAAGCAUAUAGGUACAAAUAUUCCCGUCAUUUCUCACACAGUAGCACAAGAACCAAUUAAACGUUAUCACACAAAGAUAACG